AUGGAACUAACUAGGAAGAAUGGACUGAUAAAAGCAAUCAUACUGGCUGCAUUCACGGUAUUGACACUGACUUGGAUUGUCGUAGUAACGGUAUUACUGAUACGAAAACACCUAAAGAACAAAAAUAACCCAAAGAAUGAAACGGUAGUACAAAAAUCAGAUAAGAAGACGGAGACAGUAAAACCUGAUGUGCCUGUCGAUCCCAAAGAUCUCAAACACUAUAGCAACUUUAUUGUUAUUGCAAAGAAGAUUGAAGAACUAUGCAACACUUCUGAUGAUGCGGCAGUAAUACAACACAUGACAACUAAUGGUUUCGUACAUACUAGUGCUAACCCAUUAUUGUUUACGAAGGAUGAUUUGUCUCUGAAAAUCGGCCGACCAAUAACAGAAAUUAUUAACAGGGUAGAUUGUGAGACAAUUAAGAACUUGAAGCAUCCUAACGUGAUUGAAACGUAUCAAUACUACAAAUUCACUGCAAAUAACUCAGUUACAAAUGACCAGUAUCCUGUUGAAAUUACGCUGAGUGAGAAUGUGAGUCCAUUGACUUGGAACGGUGGUGAUCAUGCCCAAAUAAAAAUGGUUAUGAAGGAUGUGUUAGAGGGACUGGUAUAUUUGCAAACUAAGAGAAUUGUUCAUAAUGGGAUUAUACUGAUAAACCUGAUACAAAAAUGGAAUGGUACACGAAACGUAAUCAAAAUCAGUAACUUUGAUGCAUCCGUAAUAUUACCUGAAGGUGAAACAACAGUUCACCUAUGGAAGAUUAAGCCAUCGUGGUGCUACGCUCCUGAAUUAAUGAUCUAUGGCUAUAUAGGUUUGAAGACUGAUGUGUGGAUGAUAGUGCUCAAUGUGAUGUUAUCGAUGUUGCAGUAUAACUUGGGAGGCGCAUCAUGUACGACCUUAGCACAACAAUGGGUGAAUGCUUAUUUUGGGUCGGACUAUUAUCGACGCCUUGAUCUUGUGAAUUUGGCCCAACCAUUUCAUCCGCUAUUCAACAACAGUAACCCAAACGAUUUGGAUCACUUCAUAGAUUGCUGUCUACAGAUUAAAGAAGAAGACAGACCUAGUCCAAAAAACCUACUGAGCCACCCAUUCCUUACGCAAUCCCCUUGA